UAAUAAUAAUAAUAAGAGCAGCCACGCGGCACCUCUUGACCAGAUUACCGGUGAAGCCGUUCCGUUAUAUAACGGGGACAGGGAGCGCGCAGGGAGACGUCAGAGCCCCAAGGUACGAGGGGAAGGAGAUGUAGAGAGAGGCGCGCACUGGGGACGCGCACGGAGGCGCGUACGGCGCUGUGCUGCUUUCGGCGGCUGUGAUGAUGAUGAUGAUGAUGCCGGGAUCGCUGUUCGAUUAGAGUAACGUCGCAGCGCGAGCGCGUGGAGGGUCCGAACUCGUCCGUCUCCGCGCGUGCCCUCGUCCUCCUUCUCCUCCUCCUCCCCCCUCAGGCUCAUCGGCUCCUGCGUCCUGUGCGUUCGGACCCAGGAAUAAUGGAGCGGAGCGCGGUGUAGACGGCGGCCGGCCGACACGAGCACAAUGGGAAAGUUCACGUGGAGCGGCAGAGGACUGCAGCCCUGAUCGCAGGAACCCGUGGGCCCUGCUGGAGGAUCGCGGUCGUGCCCCUGACCCCUAGCAGACCGCACCUUCUCUCCCAAGCGCCCGUGCGAGGCAUCGCCUGCGGUAGCAUCGCUCCUCUCCGCUCCUCGCGUGUCCAAGAGGAGCACCGUGUGCGAGAGGCCCCCUCCGCAGCACCGCGCAGCCAUGGGGGACAUGACCAACAGCGGCUUCUACGCCAAGAACCAAAGACAGGAUGACCAGCAGGGCGGCGCCUUCGGCUGCUCCCUCUCAGAGGUGCGCUCGCUCAUGGAGCUGCGGGGCACCGAGGCCAUCGUCAAAAUCCAGGAGGAUUAUGGGGGCACCGAGGGGCUAUGCCGGCGCUUGAAGACCUCGCCGACAGAGGGUUUGCCUGGAGUUGCAGCUGACCUGGAGAAACGAAGAGAAGUGUUCGGGAAAAAUCUUAUACCUCCAAAGAAGCCAAAAACUUUCAUACAGCUAGUUUGGGAAGCGCUGCAAGACGUGACACUCAUCAUUCUGGAAAUUGCCGCAAUCAUCUCCCUGGGCCUCUCCUUUUAUCAGCCGCCCGGCGGAGGCAGCGAGGCGUGUGGGACCGCUUCGGGUGGCGCGGAGGACGAGGGUGAAUCGGAGGCCGGCUGGAUCGAGGGCGCCGCCAUCCUGCUGUCGGUCAUCUGCGUCGUCCUCGUCACAGCUUUCAACGACUGGAGCAAGGAGAAGCAGUUCCGGGGUCUGCAGAGCCGCAUCGAGCAGGAGCAGAAGUUCCAGGUGGUCCGAGGAGGCCAAGUGAUACAGCUGCCGGUGGCGGACAUCGUGGUCGGCGACAUCGCCCAGGUCAAAUAUGGCGACCUGCUUCCGGCCGACGGCGUCCUGAUACAAGGGAACGACCUGAAGAUCGACGAGAGCUCCUUAACGGGGGAAUCGGACCACGUGCGCAAGUCGGCCGAUAAGGACCCCAUGCUCCUCUCUGGUACCCACGUGAUGGAGGGCUCUGGCAGGAUGCUGGUCACUGCAGUGGGGGUCAACUCUCAGACCGGCAUCAUCUUCACACUGCUGGGGGCCAGCGGAGAGCAGGAGGAGAAGAAGGAGAAAAAAGACCAUCCGCCCUCCCACCCCAUUGCGACUAUAGCUACCGAUGGUGCUGCAGGCGCAAACGCCACAGGCAAUGCCAGCCUAGUCAAUGGUAAAAUGCAGGAUGGGAAUUUGGACAUCAACCAGAUCAAAGUGAAGAAGCAGGACGGCGCAGCGGCCAUGGAGAUGCAGCCCUUGAAGAGUGCCGAAGGUGGAGAGGCGGACGACAAGGAGAAGAAGAAAGCCAGCGGCUCCAAGAAGGAGAAGUCUGUCCUUCAGGGCAAACUGACCAAGUUAGCAGUUCAGAUUGGCAAAGCAGGUUUGGUGAUGUCAGCCAUCACGGUCAUCAUCCUGGUGCUCUACUUUGCCAUCGACAACUUUGUGCUACAGAAGAGGCCGUGGCUGCCAGAGUGCACGCCCAUCUACAUCCAGUACUUUGUCAAAUUCUUCAUCAUCGGCGUCACCGUCCUGGUGGUCGCGGUUCCCGAGGGCCUUCCGCUGGCCGUCACCAUCUCCCUCGCGUACUCUGUCAAGAAAAUGAUGAAGGACAACAACCUGGUGCGGCACCUGGAUGCGUGCGAGACGAUGGGCAAUGCUACGGCCAUCUGCUCCGACAAGACAGGCACGCUGACCACGAACCGCAUGACUGCAGUACAAAUCUACGUUGGCGAUGUGCAUUACAAGGAGAUCCCUGACCCCAGCGCCUUGCCCGCCAAGACCCUGGAUGUGCUGGUCAACGCGAUAUCCAUCAACAGCGCCUACACCACUAAGAUAUUGCCCCCAGACAAGGAGGGCGGUCUCCCGAAGCAGGUGGGCAACAAGACGGAGUGCGGCCUCCUGGGGCUCGUGCUGGAGCUGAAGCGCGACUACCAGCCCAUCCGCAACCAGAUCCCCGAGGAGAAGCUCUACAAGGUGUACACCUUCAACUCGGUCCGGAAGUCCAUGAGCACCGUCAUCAAGCUCCCCGACGGCAGCUUCCGCAUGUACAGCAAGGGAGCCUCCGAGAUCGUGCUCAAAAAGUGCUCCCGCAUCCUGAACGAGACGGGCGAGCCACGGGGCUUCCGCCCACGGGACCGGGACGAGAUGGUGAAGAAGGUGAUCGAGCCGAUGGCGUGCGACGGCCUGAGGACCAUCUGCGUGGCGUUCCGAGACUUCCCGGCGAACCCGGAGCCGGACUGGGACAAUGAGGGGGAUAUCCUGAACGACCUGACGGCGAUAUGCGUGGUCGGCAUCGAGGAUCCCGUGAGGCCCGAGGUGCCCGAUGCCAUCCGGAAGUGCCAGCGAGCGGGAAUCACGGUGCGCAUGGUGACCGGCGACAACCUCAACACGGCACGUGCCAUCUCCAUCAAGUGCGGCAUCAUCCACCCCGGAGAGGACUUCCUGUGCAUCGAUGGGAAAGAGUUCAACAGGAGGAUCCGCAACGAGAAGGGAGAGGUGGAGCAGGAGCGCAUCGACAAGGUGUGGCCCAAACUGAGGGUCCUGGCGAGGUCGUCCCCCACGGAUAAACACACUUUGGUCAAGGGCAUCAUCGACAGCACGCUGGUGGACCAGAGACAGGUGGUCGCAGUCACGGGGGAUGGAACCAACGAUGGACCGGCCCUGAAGAAGGCUGAUGUGGGCUUUGCCAUGGGCAUCGCCGGAACCGACGUUGCCAAGGAGGCCUCGGACAUCAUCCUGACGGACGACAACUUCAGCAGCAUCGUGAAGGCCGUGAUGUGGGGCCGCAACGUCUACGACAGCAUCUCCAAGUUCCUGCAGUUCCAGCUCACGGUCAACGUUGUCGCCGUGAUCGUGGCUUUCACGGGGGCCUGCAUCACACAGGACUCCCCACUCAAGGCGGUCCAGAUGCUGUGGGUGAACCUCAUCAUGGACACGUUCGCUUCCCUGGCGCUGGCCACCGAGCCCCCGACGGAGACGCUGCUGAUGAGGAAACCGUACGGACGCAACAAGGCCCUCAUUUCCAGCACCAUGACCAAGAACAUCCUGGGUCAUGGAGUAUACCAGCUGGUCAUCAUCUUCACCCUCCUCUUUGCUGGCGAGGACAUCUUCGACAUCGACAGCGGGCGCAACGCGCCGCUGCACUCGCCGCCCUCGGAGCACUACACCAUCAUCUUCAACACGUUCGUCAUGAUGCAGCUUUUCAACGAGAUCAACGCGCGCAAGAUCCACGGCGAGCGGAACGUCUUUGACGGCAUCUUCAGGAACCCCAUCUUCUGCUCCAUCAUCAUCGGGACGUUCGGCAUCCAGAUUCUGAUCGUGCAGUUUGGGGGGAAGCCGUUCAGCUGCUCGCCGCUGACCAUUGACAAGUGGCUGUGGUGUGUGUUUCUCGGCGUGGGGGAGCUCCUGUGGGGACAGGUGAUAUCGACGAUACCCAACAACAAGCUGAAGUUCCUAAAGAGGGCGGGGCAGCUGACGCAGAAGGACGAGAUGCCCGAGGAGGAGACCAACGAGGAGAACGAGGAGAUCGACCACGCCGAGAGGGAGCUGCGGCGAGGCCAGAUCCUCUGGUUCCGAGGCCUCAACAGGAUCCAGACGCAGAUCCGCGUCGUGAACGCGUUCCGUAGCUCUCUCUAUGAAGGCCUGGAAAAGCCGGAGUCGAGGACCUCCAUUCACAACUUCAUGACUCAGCCCGAGUUUAGGAUAGAGGACUCGCAGCCCCACAUCCCGCUCAUCGACGACACGGACGCGGAGGAGGACGCGGCGCUGAGGAAGCAGCGGAGUCCGCCGCCGUCGCCCAACCGCAACAACAACGCCAUCGACAGCGGCAUCAACCUGAGCACCGACACCAGUAAAUCCGCUGCCUCCUCCAGCGCGGGCAGCCCCCUCCACAGCCUCGAGACCUCCCUGUAGCCCCUACCCCCCGGGGGCGAGACGGACCGCAGCCUCCGCGCGCAGCGAGGCCCGGGGGCUAGGAGGCGCUCGCGCUCGCGCGCCGCUCGACGAGCACCGGCUCGCAGCCCUCCUUCCUUCCAGCAGCGCGACGAGGAAGGAAGCGGAAGUUGCUGCUCGUGGACUUGGAGAGCCAUGAAGGGACUGCUUCCCCUUCCUAAGAGCAACGUCACUAUACUAUGAAUAGUUCAAAUAAUAACAAUAACAAUAAUAGUAAUAAUAAAGAACUAUAACUACUCCUGCAUGAAUGUAUAUUACCCUCAUUUUUUUUUUCAUUUAAUUUUGAUUUUGAUUUUUUUUUUUUUCUCCUUUGGACUUGAUUUGAUUUUGGUGGGAAGUGCUGUGGACUGAUCAUACUUUAAGACGGCUUAUCCGAUUCGCUGGUCUCUGGGUUUCCUGUGCGGCAUGUACUAAAACUGUAUAGAUUUAUUUGAUUAAUAAAAUGGAAAAAGUGUAAUAAGGUUGCAGGACUCAACUUGCACGGUAGAUUUGCGCCUCUCGGAAGAAGUCGACUCGUAACGAUACCAACAGAGUGUGCGGUGCUGCUUGAAAGUAUGCGAAGCCCUUGCGUCCCUUAGUUUUACCACGGAAUGGGCAUUUAAUGAGAAUCGGUGUUUCUCAUGUGACAAAAUGACCAAUUCCACAUGUUGCUUUAGAGGAACUCGUGCGUGUGGUAGAAACACGCAAGUGGUGUACGUGCAAAAAUAAGCGAAUCCCAAGUCGAGUUGGUUAAACCAACCAAGGAGGUAAGUAGAAUCGGGGUGUAAAUCGUAGUCAUUUAUUCAUUUUUUGAGUUUAUUUCAAUAUUUUAUGUAUUUUUAUUAUUUAUGGCCAUCCUUACAGGGUUCACAUACCUUCAAGCGGCACCCUCUCUCUGUGUCUAUAUGCAUAUGUAUAUAUACGUACAUAUGUAUAUGUAUGUGUGUGUGUGUGUGUGUGUGUGUGUGUGUGUGUGUGUGUGUGUAGACAAAAAGACACACAGGAACACAAAGUUUAACUUCUCUGUUUGUCGGCAUGCUGCCUGGUCUCUGCUACAAUGGCUUCCUUUAACUUAUUUAUGUCCUAAAGAGAAUGUAAUUUGUUUACAAAACCCAUAGAUACUUCCCGGUUUAUUCGUAGGCUUCGGAACUUCAUACUUCUGGUGUAGUUGGAUGAGCUCAAGUUCUGGAGCACCUCUGUUAACAUUGGACUGUAGAUGUUAUUACAAACAAAGUGUGUGCUGGAUCUGCCUGCUAUUUUUGUUAUAUAUUGUAGAUAUUUUUAGAUGACAAAAAAAACACCGAAAUAUUACAGGAUAUAUAAUUAAUGUGGCAUCUUAGUAUUAACCGAUUGUUGGGAUCAACUCCGAGUGGCUCUGUUGUGUCAAGACAGACACGAUAAGGACGAAGAGUUUUUUUUUUUUCUUUCUUUUUGUUCGUUUCGUUUUUGUUUCAAUGCUUGAAUUCUAAUUCAUUUGAGGUGAGCCUCAAAAUCAGGAGCUCCGUUCAGGACUGAUUUAAUGAACUACAGACUGAUUUAUCUACUAUAUAACUGCUUGUUUAACAACUGUUUUAACUUAUGUGUGACCAUCACAGGCUGCAAUGAAUUUAUAAUAUUAGAAACAACUGCAAACUAAGUUAUAUUUGGCUUAUCUAUAUGGAAAUCAAAAGUUGUGUUAAAAUAUUGUGAUAUUGUGUUGAUUCUUUUUUUUUUUUUGUUUUUUUUUUUUUUAUUAUUUAAAAAUUUGUUUCCUUAAAACAGAAAAAACGACACACCCGCUUCCUGGGCUGGUGGAAUUCUGAACAACUGAAAAACAAAAACAGAAUGUUGCUUUUUUUUUUUUUUUAAAAAAAAAAAAAAAAAAAAAAAAAAGAAAUAAUAAUCCUUUUCUGCACUAUCUGGAUAUGAAUGAAAUUCUGUGGUGUAUACUUAGAUGUGCUUUUUGUGUGUUUUUAACCGAGCUUGUCUUCCUAUGUCACUAAAUAUACUCUAGCAUCCCAACAGUAUUCACUAGUCGUUAGCUAUUUAUUACGCUUUCCAAGUGAAUGGCGGAGCUGAGGGUGCGAACGGAAGGCCGACUUACAGCACGAUCUCGACUGGCCUCGGAUAACACUGUAAUAUUGAAAUAUCGUUAUCAUUGCUGAUUCAGGCCUGCAGGGAAGCGUGGCGGGAUAUACUCAAUAUGCAAGCUUACCUGUCCAGUUUUUCUACUCGGAAACCAGUAUCUCGACCUGUUUUGUUAUUUUUAAAUUUCAUUUUGACCGUUGUCCCCUGUGUGCAUCAGUUCAGCUUCGUUCCUCACGGAUAUCACAUGAGGUCGACCGGUGAUCUCAGUAAAGAUCGCUGGAAAGACUCUUUCCACAGGACCGGUCUCACUUUUCUCUUGCGAAAUCUACCGUAAAUGAUAUCUUGUGAUGCUCCGUUCUUGUAAUUUUUGAGCAAUUUCUAGGCAAAUUCAGCCGAAGCUCUGAGACCGUUCGGCUUUAAAAAAACGAAUGGUAAUAUUGAAGCUGUUCUUCUUUUAAUAGCUGGUAAUUUUCAUUGGAGAUGCACGUCCGUUUUGGCUAAUAUGCACAGGGAAAAUAUACAUUUGAUGCAGAUUUUUUUUUUCUUUUUGUUUCUACGUCAGAUUAGAUCAUUUCCACAUCUCCGGUACAGGUCAGGUAUUCUGCACAGAGUGCUCAUAUUGUUGAGCAGUCAUAAAAGCUGUUUAAACAUACGUGACUAAUAGAUAUAAAUAAUACAAAUAUAUGUUAAUAAUACUAAUACUAAUAAUAAAACCAACAUUUCUUGCAAUAUUUGAAAUGCUUCUAUGUACUGUACUUAGCAGCAUGCAUUUUGUGGAACAAAGUAAAAGACAUAACUUGCCGGUGGAAAACCUGGCAUUCUUUCCAUGUAUGGGUAAAUGAUGUGUUCAUCCUUUUUGUUUUUAUGAAUUUUUUAUCUAUACAAUAACUGUAAAUAAAGAACUCAAUGUCUUUGUUCAUUUAAUACUAUGCAAAACGUCACGCUUCCUGAUUGUUACCCACCUACUCUAGAGUGUGUUGCUGGAAUGUCUGGUCGCGGCACCCGCUUAAACCAUGUGAUGUAAAUGACUUUGAAGUUUGAAGAAAGCGGCAAACUGUGACUCUUGCUGCUUUACUGUCUGUACAAUAACUCCAGACAGAAACGCCAGUGAAUAAGAAAUAAACGAAACGGGGGAAAAAAUAGCUCAAAAUAAAUUUCCCAGAGCAGCAUGAACCUGGAAUUUUCCUUGAGCGGUGUAGCAUGUGUGUGCUGUUUCCUUUGGUCCUCGGGAUCCCUGCAUGUGUGUCCAACAGCAGGGCGUGAGCACACAACAGCCUGGUUCGUGCCUCCAGCAUGUUCAGUUUCAUGGUAUAUGUGCGCAUGUGGAAAAAUGCUCUUUUCACUAUCCGUGUUCCCUAAAAAAUAGAAACGGACAGUGGGUUGCAGCGUCUUGGGGGACGCACCCAGUGAGCAGAAGGUUGUUGGUUCAAGUCCUAGAGGGGUCACACUGUUGCGCCAUUUACUUGAAUGUCAUUGAUAUAAAUGGGUAAAGAGAAAAACUAAACUGUUUCAAAUGUGAGCUGCAUGAAAUGUAAAGUCACUUUGGAGAAAAAGUGUUCAUUAUACUAAUAAUAAAAGCAAUACACGCCUGCA